CUAUAAAAGCACAGCCUUGGAAAGAAAACACACACAGAGCAAGAGAGAGGAUUUGCAAGCUGAACGGCACCGCUAUGGCAGGCUAUUCGCGUUUCUGGCUCCGGAUGCUUCCUUUGCGACACCGCUGGCCACUUCCCAGUCUCGGACCAAUAUGGCUCGAGGACAUCCAGCCAGCAUCCAGGGUUCUGUACCCGUGCCCGCCGAGCAACAACCUCUUCGACCGAGUGGCCCAAAACAUGGAGAGGCAAGUCCAAGAGAUGGAGAAGAUGAGCAAUGCCUUCUUUCAGGCCUGGGAACACGGAAAGGCCAAGGAAGAUGGCGUCGCUCCGGCCAACGACACAGGGACAUACCGCUUCGCUGUGGAUGCGUCCGGUUUCUCGCCGGAGGAAGUGACGGUCAAGCUGGACGGAAGGAAGUUGACGGUGACGGCUGUGCGGGAAAAGGAGAGCGGAGGUGAGGAGGGAACCUAUUGGCGGGAGAGGCAAGAGCUGCGACGGGAGACCCUCCUUCCGCCGGACGUGGACCUCCAGGCUGUGGCAUGUUCACUGGCCUCGGACGGGAGGCUCUCUGUAGAGGCGCCCCGCUUGACUCCAACAGAGAAGACCAUCCCCAUUGACAUCAAGCCGGACAAGAAUCAACACAGCAGCGAUGGGGAGAAAGAACCAGGGGAGAAGCCUAAAGAGCCUUGAUGCCAUAGGUGCUGCUCUCAAAACCUUCUGGGGAAAUUUGGGCAUCAUUCAUCCAUGAAAACCCAACCCAAGCCCUCCCAACAGGUGGUCAUCUAGCCCCUGCUUCAAAACCUUCAGAAAAGGAGACUCUACCAGAGUUGGAAGGGGCACCCAAAGGCUAUCCAGUCCAAAUCAGUGGGAAGACACCUUCUGAUCUCUCCUGACAUGGUCAUCCAGCCUCUGCUUCAAAACCACAAGAAAAGGAGGCUCUACCAAGGUUGGAAGGGGCACCCAAAGGCUAUCCAGUUCCACCCUGUGGAAGACACUAUCCGAUCCCUCCCGAUAGAUGUCCAUCUAGUCUCUGCUUCACAACCAGCAGCGGAGGAGGCUCUACCAGGGUUGGAAGGGGCACCCAAAGGCUAUCCAGUCCCACUCUGUGGAAGACACUAUCCGAUCCCUCCUGAUAGAUGUCCAUCUAGUCUCUGCUUCACAACCAGCAGCGGAGGAGGCUCUACCAGGGUUGGAAGGGGCACCCAAAGGCUAUCCAGUCCCACUCUGUGGAAGACACCAUCUGAUUCCUCCCAACAGAUGGCCAUCUAGUCUCUGCUUCAAAACCACAAGAGAAGGAAACUCUACCCAGGUUGGAAGGAGCACCCAAAGACUAUCCAGUCCAACCUUGUGAAAAGACACCAUCCGAUCCCUCCCGAUAGAUGGCCAUCCAGCCUCUGCUUUAAAACCUCCCGAGAAGACGACUCUGCCAGAUGGCAGAUCCCAGAGUUCAGAGGGACACCCAAAGGCUAUCUAGUCCAACAAUGUGGGAAGACACCAUCCAAUCCCUCCCAACAGAUGGCCAUGCAGCUUCUGCUUCAAAACCACCAGAGAAGUUGGAAGGGGCACCCAAAGACUAUCCAGUCCAACUCUGUGGGAAGACACCAUCUGAUCCCUCCCAACAGAUGGCCAUGCAGCCUGUGCUUCAAAACCUCCUGAGGAGACUCCCAUCACAUAUAUUCCACCACUUUGACCUUCAGGAACUUUCUUCCUACUGUUUAGGUGGAAUCUCUUUUUCUGCCAUUUGAACCAUUGUAUUCCUGGUCUGCAAAGUGGACCCUCCUCCUUUGCAAUAUGUAAACAUGGAACCUAUCAUGCAUUGAAAGAAUAUCUCACUCACUUUCCUGAAUCCCUUUUUUAUUUUGUUCCUUGCAUGCAAUAAAACUUUCUAUAUAUUGAUUUCA